AUGCCCACCAUCCUAACUCCAUCUCUCAUAUUCGUCCUCGCCAUCUUCCUCUCCCCACCGGCCGCUGCCGGGGACAUUGCCACCGCCACCACCACCACCACCGGUGCAGCUGGGGACGCCGUGAGGACGUACCUGGUGGUCGUCUGCCGAGCCACUGGGCCCAAGGAGAACGGCGAGAAGCUGCGCGAGUGGCACGCCUCGCUGCUCGCCUCCGUCCUGAACACUAGCACCGGUACGGUCCUCGAGGAGGCACGGACGCCGGAGGGCGGGCAGCUGGUCUACUCGUACCAGCACGUCGUCAGCGGCUUCGCGGCGCGGCUGACGGUGCGGGAGGUGGACGCGCUGCGCAAGCUCAAAUGGUGCGUCGACGCCAUCCCGGACGUCAACUACCGGCUGCAGACGACGUACACGCCGACGCUGCUCGGGUUGAGCACGCCGACGACGGGCAUGUGGGCGGCGGCACGCAACAUGGGGGAGGGCGUCAUCGUCGGCGUCCUCGACAACGGCAUCGACCCGCGGCACGCGUCUUACGGCGACGAGGGCAUGCCGCCGCCGCCGGCCAAGUGGAAGGGCAGGUGCGAGUUCGGUGGCGCGCCGUGCAACAAGAAGCUCAUCGGCGGGCGGUCUCUGACGGCGUGGGAGCACGGCACGCACACGUCCAGCACCGCCGUGGGCGCCUUCGUCGGCGACGUCCAGGUGCUUGGGACCAAUGUCGGCACGGCCUCCGGCAUGGCGCCACGCGCGCACCUGGCGUUCUACGAGGUGUGCUUUGAGGACACGUGCCCGUCCACGAAGCAGCUUGCCGCCAUCGAGCAGGGCGCGUUCAUGGACAACGUCGACGUGAUCUCCAUCUCCGCCAGCGACGACACGGCGAAGCCCUUCUACCAGGACCUCACCGCCGUCGGCAGCUUCUCCGCCGUCACGUCGGGCGUGUUCGUCAGCUCCAGCGCCGGAAACCAAGGCCCCGACUACGGGACCGUCACCAACUGCGCGCCGUGGGUGCUCACCGUGGCGGCGAGCACCAUGACACGGCGCGUCGUCUCCACGGUCAGUCUCGGCAAUGGGAUGGUGAUCCAAGGCGAGGUGAACCAGAGGUACACAGACGUCAAGCCAGCGCCUCUCAUCUACGUCCAUGGCGUGUUCGAAAACGGCUCGCUCAGCGCCGUCGACGUCCGCGGAAAGGUCGUCUUCUGCGACCUCUCGGAAAGCACGACAUUGCGCGGCGAGAAGGUCCGCGCCGCCGGCGGCGUGGGCAUCAUCUUUUUCAACGACGCGUCCGGUGGCCGCGUGACGAUGUUCGGCGGAAACGUGUCCAUCGCGGCGGCGCGCGUCAGCCAGGCCGACGGCGAGAAGAUCAUGUCGUACAUCAACUCCACGGCGAACCCCACCGCCGGCCUCCACUUCGCCGGCGUUACGCUGGAUCCUUCCUAUCAGCCGGCCGUCGCCAUUUACUCCUCACGAGGCCCCUGCAACAUGUCAAACCUCGGCGUGAUCAAGCCCGACAUCACCGGGCCCGGGACGAGCAUAAUCGCGGCCGUCCCGGACGCCGGCGGCGGCGGGAACGGCAGCGCGCCCACCCCCACCCGCACCUUCGGCUUGAUGGAUGGCACGUCCAUGGCCGCGCCGCACCUCUCGGGGAUCGCGGCCGUGUUGAAGCGAGCGCGCCCAGGGUGGUCGCCGUCCGCGAUCAAGUCGGCGAUGAUGACGACCGCCGACGUGACGCACCCGGACGGCACGCCCAUCACCGAUGAGAUCACCGGCAAGCCGGCGGGACACCUCCUCAUGGGCUCUGGCAUCGUGAACCCGACCAAGGCGCUUGACCCGGGCCUCCUCUACGACCUCUCGGGGAUGGACUACAUCCCCUACAUCUGUGGCCUCGGGUACAACGACACCUUCGUCAACGAAAUCAUCGCGCAGCCACUGCAGAACGUGAGCUGCGCGACGGUCAGCAAGAUCGAGGGCAAGGACCUCAACUACCCGUCGUUCCUCGUGACGCUCACGGCGGCGGCGCCGGUGGUCGAGGUGAGGCGCACGGUGACCAACGUCGGCGAGGCUGUCUCGGCCUACACGGCGGAGGUCGUGGCGCCGCCAAGCGUCGCCGUCGAGGUGGUGCCACCGAGGCUGGAGUUCGGCUCUGUGAACCAGAAGAUGGACUUCAGAGUGAGGUUCAGAAGAGUUGGCGCCGCCGCCAAUGGCACGGUGGAAGGAAGCCUCCGGUGGGUCUCCGGCAAGUACUCCGUUCGGAGCCCGAUCGUCGUUCUUGAUGGAACGCAGAAUUUGGUCUAG